UUCCGAUGUGUCUUGAAUCACUUCUGUCGAUUCAAUCACCAUCAAGAUAUUGCCAUCUCAACAGAAUCCCGGGCUUGGGAAGUAUACCACUUUAACGGCUCGCUUAAGGGCGCUCUAGAGAAUGAGCUCAGAAUGACCCAUACCCGUCGUCCACCGCCAAUAAAAAACGCCGGCGACCUAUUGAUUCGUCCUCAAGCGGUUUCCCUCAACCCUAUCGACACUCUGAUGCUCACGGGCUAUGGCAAUACUGUCUUCCGAAUGUAUCGACGUCUCUUUUCCGGUCAGACUGAUGAAUUUCCUUUCACCCCUGGACGCGAUUUCGCAGGUGUUGUGGUUGAUUAUGGCCCUCAUGCGGCUCCCACUCCUUUCCUUCCUGGAACUCCUGUGAUGGGCGCUACAAGCCCGCAUACUAGCAGUCUUGGAGGUGGUUGUCUAUCUGACUACAUCCUUUGCCCUGCUGAAGUUGUUGCAAGGCGUCCAGACAAGUUAGAUCCUAUUCUUGCUGCCUCUGUUAGCUAUGCUGGUCUUACAGCCUGGGAAGCUGUUUGUAAAGCUGGAAUGGACCCCUUUAAGAAUCGUUCUAGUGCUCCCAAACGAGUUCUUGUCACUGGAGCAUCGGGACCUGUCGGUGCAAUAUCUGCUCAAUUGGCGAGGCUUUCAGGAGCAUCUCAUGUUACUGUCACUGCUCCAUCACGUAUAAAUCCAACAGUUUUAAAAGGUUUACUAAGUGUGGACGAGGUUAUUCUGGCUCCAGAAAUGUCCCGCAUAGAUGCUAAGUAUGACGCCAUAAUCGAUCGUGUUAGACCAAACGUUCUUGUUAUGGCUCGUGGUGUCUCAAAGUGUCCAACUUCGAGGCAAUAUGAAAUUCAGAAAUAUUACCCAUUCAUACGAAACCUUGAAUCUUCCUCAUCCGCCUCGCGCUACGUUAGUGUUAAUCCACCAGUCCUCCAGUUUAUUGACGAACUUGGCCUUUUUAUUGGUAUUGGUGCUUCAUUAACUUCUCUGGCUUACGCCAAUCUGUAUACCUUACUUUCUGAACACAAAAACGCUCCCAUUCGUUGGGCCUUCUUUGCACCCAGUAGAAAAAGACUGGAAGCACUCGCUAAUUGGCUUGUUCAGGGUCAACUUCACGUUCCCGUCGAAAAAGUGUACUCCUUCGACCAGGUUCCAGCGGCGUUUCAAAAACUUUCUGGUGGCGGCAACAACGGUAAACUUGUAAUCAGACUGGAGUAA